UCAAAUCGUAAUCGCUAUCGUUGCUCUUGAUAACUUGCAUUGUAUUGUGUUGUGGUAAUGAGUGACGUGACGUGAAAUUUUACAUCGCAACAGACGUCUAAUGCACUCAUAAUUUAUAAAAAUUUAAAACCUGUCACCGUUAAUUAUUUUUUAAAUUUAAUAAUAAACUCAUUUAUUACCCCGCAAAUAAUCACUGAUUAUUAAAAAUUUUAUAAUUAAUAAUAAUAAUAAUUACUGACCAGUAUUGAUACCAAUUAUUAGUGUCUAGAUUUAAUAGUGAAAAAAAAAGUGGAACAAGGAGUAACGAAUUUAUAAACCGUCGUGUCGUCGACGCAGUCUUCAAAACCACAUGAGUCAUAUGAUUAAAGUUAAUUUAUUCAUACCAGUAUCAUAAUACUGUAAAUAUAUCGUCUAACUGGAUUGCUUAUUACCAAUUAUUUUAAAUUAACUAUCAGUAUUUAAAAUAAAUCAGUGUCAUAUUGUACGAUAGUUCAAGAUGUCGUUUUUUGGAGUAAAUGUAAACCCAUUUUCAACUCCUGUUGGUCAAAAAAUAGAGCAAGCCACAGACGGUAGUUUACCCAGUGAAAACUGGGCUCUCAAUAUGGAAAUAUGCGAUAUUAUCAAUGAAACUGAAGAUGGUCCCAGAGACGCAAUUAAGGCUAUUAAAAAACGUCUUGGUCAGGCUGCUGGAAAAAAUUAUACUGUCGUUUUAUAUACACUUACAGUAUUAGAAACAUGCGUUAAAAAUUGCGGAAAACGUUUCCAUACUUUAGCUUGUUCACGUGAAUUUAUAUUAGAACUUGUAAAGAUGAUCGGACCGAAAAAUGAACCGCCGACAGCUGUUCAAGAAAAAGUAUUGAGCUUAAUACAGACAUGGGCUGAUACUUUCCGUUAUCAACCUCACACUCAAGGUGUUGUGCAAGUGUACCAGGAACUCAAGGCUAAAGGAAUGCAGUUUCCAAUGACUGAUUUAGAUGCCAUGGCUCCUAUUAUUACACCAGAGCGGAGUGUACCGGAAGUUACGAGUAGUCCUAGUCUUGUCCAAGGAAAUGAACGUAUUAGUGUUGGUGGAUGUGACGUAACAUCUGCAGCACAACACCAGCCAGUAUCACAAGUUCAAGCAUCAUUGCAGCCGGUUCAACUAUCCGAUCAAUUGGUAUCAAAGUUACGCAGUGAACUUGAAGUUGUUCAGGGCAACAUGCGUGUGCUUGCUGAAAUGCUGCACUUUUUUACAAACCCCGAUCAGCAGCAGCAGAAAAACAGCCAGCAGACAGUAGAAACUCGUCCAGAUCCCGCAGAUUUGGAACUGAUGCAUCAGCUUUAUUCAACUUGCAAAGCAAUGCAGGAACGAGUUGUUGAUUUAAUUGGUCGGCUUGUUGACGAUGAAAUGACAGCUGAGUUGUUGCGUAUUAAUGAUGAACUAAAUAAUUUGUUUUUGAGAUAUUCACGGUAUACUAAAAAUAAAACUGUACCAGCAGCAAGUGCAAUACUUGCUCAAACGUUAGGACAUCCGGCAGAUAAUCAACUAGCACACAGUGCGUCAGCUAAACGACCAGAACAAUCAUUAAUUGAUCUUGAUGAGGAUUCAAUACAAGCACUUGAGGGUGCCGUUGCUGAUAUUGGAAUUUCUGCUACUGAUGGUCGAAGCAAAGGAGUGCCUUCUAAAAAUAAACGAGAAGAUUUAUUAGAGAGUGAUGAAUUUGAUAUGUUUGCCCAGUCCCGUAAUGCAACUUAUGAGUCAACAAAAAAUACCGGAAGUAAAUAUGAAGAUAAUUUAGAAGAUUUAAGUGGCAAUGGAAGUCUUAGCUCAGCAAUUCUAAGUCGCGGUUCGAGUUUAACUCAACCGACAGCUAUCGGUCCAGCAACUGGAAAAAUUCCUUCAAAUCGAGAAUCUGAUUUCAACGAAAUGGCAGCGUGGCUUGAUGAGAGUACGGCUCCCAAAGAACAGGGUGAUCAAGAGUCAUUAACAUCAUCGGAAUUUGAAAGAUUUUUAGCAGAACGUGCUGCUGCUGCAGAAGCUUUGCCUAAUUUACCAACAGUUACCGCCGCACCAAGUACCGCAACAUCAGGAACUACUAAUAUUCCGCGACAAAUAAAUAAAGAUCAAGAUAAAUCACUAUUUGCACUCUGAAUUGAUAACUACUACUAUUAUUAUUUAAAUUAUUACUCGUGAUAUCUAAUAAACAUAUUACUUUACAUCAACAUAAUCUUUAAAUAAAUAAUAAUUACAAGAUAACAAUCGGAGAUCGCUGCUUUUGCUUACAAGUACUUAUUAAUUAUUCGAUUAAUUAUACAUAAAAAAUAAUGAAAUUAAAUUACCGAGCUGUAAAUGUAAUUGAAUAUAAAAAAAAUUAUUUCAUUAGACGCUCGUACUGUAUGUCGUCAUACUAAUAGAUAUAAAUAAUCAUUUAAUCGCACUGGAAAAAAUAAUGAUAAAUUUUUAGCUCGAAAAUUAUUGUAUUCCUAUAUAAGAGUAGACUUAUUGCUUUACUGUAUAUAAAGAAAUAUCACUUGUACUUUCUAUGGCCCAACUAAAACAUUUAUUAAUUAUAGUACAUAUAAUCUAUUAAAUAAUAUAUAUGUAUAUGUAUAUAGAUAUAUACAUAAUAAAUAUUGUCAUAUGGUAUAGUGUUAUCUAUGUUUAAAUAUUGCGUAAUUAUUGAUGGAAAAAAAUAUAUUCAUAAAUCUAUACAAUAUAAAAUUUA